UAUACGAGCUACUGCGAGUGGCAUUUGUUCGAUACGCUAAAGGGAAAAGUUAUGAAUUAACUAAAUCAGUCAUCGCUUUUUGUUUCUGCGUUACAUCGGACUCAUCGGAACUUCAGCACGAGGAAAUUACAUAAUGGAGGAUUUUGGUGUUUAUGUCUUAUUUGGCACUGAUGAACCUCCUCGGCUAAUUUUAAAUCUCCGUGAACCUGUUAAGAGAUGUGUUGCAGUAAACCCUGGCAUCCAGCAGAUUGUACUGUUCUCUAGAGGAAGAUGGGAAAAAUGUACUAGUGUUUCCAUACAGCUCAAUGAUGAGAGGGACAAACUUAUCCUUCAGGGCAAAUUAACUGCAUUCAACAAGUGUGUUUCUUGGGAGUCCUGGGAAGACGACUUGUGGUCCAAUGGGGCAACUCUAACUAUGCAAAUUGAGGGGUUCAAAAAUGGGAGGCCUGAUUCAGCACUUACUAUUGCCCAGAAGGAAUGCACUCCAGAGUGCAAUGCCACCACUGCCCUGGUACCUCGAGGCGGCCUUGGCAAGAGGAAGCGGUCCUGGGGAAAGGAGGAGGAAGAAGGGGAAGGAGAAGCCAGGGGACAGGAGAAUAUUUGCCCAAUAUUUGCCUCUUCAGAAAAGACACCACAUCGACGGGGCAGGAACAAUUCCCGGGCAGGACAGACACGCCUAUUCCUGCCAAAAGAAGAGCAGGCCACCACUCGCGCACCUCAGAACCCCAGAGCUAAAGGCAAACAGGCCAAAACCCCCACACAGACUGCCCUUCUAGACAUUCCUUCAGGUCGCUGGGGUCAAACACUCUCUGCAAUUGACCCUCAGACAGCCAUACUGAUUGGAGGACAAGGUGCCAGAAUGCAGUUCUGCAAAGAUCCUAUUUGGAAGCUGUGUACAGAGGAUCUGUCUUGGGCACCAGCAGAAACACUGGCAGAGGGCCCCACCCCAGAGGCUCGGAUUGGCCACACUGCGACCUAUGACCCAGAGUCAAAGCGAAUCUUUGUGUUUGGUGGCUCUAAGAAUAAGAAAUGGUUUAAUGAUGUCCACAUUCUGGACACACAAAGCUGGCGCUGGACCAUGGUGGAGGCACAAGGUAAAGUUCCUCCUCUGGCCUACCACAGCUGUACACUGUUCAGGGGAGAGCUCUUUGUGUUUGGAGGGGUGUUCCCUCGUCCCCACCCUGAACCUGAUGGCUGCAGUGACUCCUUGUACAUCUUCAACCCUGAAAUGGCCAUAUGGUACCAGCCCAUUGUGAUUGGAAACAAGCCUCCACCACGCUCUGGGCAUUCUGCUUGUGUGAUGCAGGGGAAAAUCUUCAUUUUUGGAGGCUGGGACACUCCUGUCUGUUUUAAUGACAUGUUUCAACUGGAUUUAUGCUUGAUGGAGUUUUCAGCUGUGCAAACAAGUGGAUCAACCCCUUCACCAAGAAGCUGGCAUGGCUGUGCUGCCCUGUCUGAUUCCUGUUUCUUAGUCCAUGGAGGCUAUAAUGGGAAUGUUGCACUGAGUGACGCCUUUAUCUUCAACACAGACACUAGUUGCUGGACCUCUUUGGCACUGUCUCCGCUAACCUCAGAGCCACGUGCUGGACAUUCCAUCAUCACCAUGGCAACCACAUGCAUAAAGGGGUUCUCUGGUGAGCAGGAAGAGUCUUCCUCACAAGCCUUGCUCAUAUUUGGGGGAGGAGAUAAUGAAGGCAGCUUCUUCUCAGAUUUGAUCACCAUGCCAGUGAAGAAUCUAUGAAUGAGAAUAUUUGAAGCUGUGUGGAUGACUGUUUUAAUGGAGAAA